AUGGAGACCUCUACCCUCACUGGGGACACCCUGGCUUCCACACGAAUGCCUGGUCUCUCUGGAGCCACAGAGACUGAGUUACGGUCGACAUCGUCCCUGGCCCUGGAACCACAGAGAACCGUCACUUCCUGGCACACCAGCUCAGCCACAGAGGAAGUCACCGUCCCUUCCGAGGUGUCCACUGGGAGUAGAGCUGGGGUCUUCUGGACAGACAUCGUAUCCUCCAGCACGACAUCCAUCCCUGGCCCCUUCCGGCCCACAGUGUCCCCUGACGUCCCCAUGGGAAUCAACACCAGGCUUUCUACCUCCCUCACUGAGAAGGAAUCUGCACAUGUAAUCAUGGCCGCCAAAACAGUUCCCCCAGGAGCUACAUCCCCGGGCACACUAGCCUGGUCCACAUCAGCCUCAGCUGCAGUGUCUCAUAUGCACCCAACUGCAAAUCAGGGUUCUCCACACUCAGAGAUGACCACUAGUGUGGAUGGAGGUUCUGAGGAUGAGUCACCUGUCAGCCCUUCCUCUGAGCAGGACAUCAGCUCUCCAUCUUCCCUGGUGCCUCUAUACUCCGUGCCCUCCUCCUCUGCAGUGUCCCCCACACUGCCAGCCAGUAGUCCUUCUGCACCUGGUCAUGUCACCUCACCUUUCACCUCUGGCCUGCUGACAACCCCCAGCACGUGGGGCAUGAGCACAGAAGGUGUGACUAGUCCAGCCCCAGGUCUGACCAGCGUCUUAGUGGAGAGUCUGGCCACGUCUGAACACUCUACUGCUACAGAGUCCAUUUCCCAUCCCGAAAACACAGUGAUGACUCAUGCGGGGUCCCUCAGUUACACACGGGAAUCUCACUCCUCGGCCCCGAAUGGCUCAGAGCCAGUCACAGGCAGAUCUCCCAUGGAGACCUCCACCCUCAGUGGGGACACCCUGGCUUCCACACGAAUGCCUGGUCUCUCUGGAGCCACGGAGACUGAGUUACACUCAGCCACAGAGGAAGUCACCGUCCCUUCCGAGGCGUCCACUGGGACUAGAGCUGGGGUCUUCAGGACAGACAUCGCAUCCUCCAGCGGGACAUCCACCCCUGGCCUUGUUCAGCUCACGACGUCACCAGACUUCCCCACAGAAAUCAGCACCAGGCUCCCUACCUCCCCUGUCAUGGCAGAAUCUGCGUCUAUAACCAUGGCCACCACAGCGGCUCCCCCAGGGGCUACAUCCCAGGGCACGCUAGCCAGGGACACAUCUGCCACAGCAUUAGGGGCACAGACACACUCGGCUGUGACUCGGGGUUCUCCACGCUCAGAGAUGACCACCAGUGUGGACAGAGGUUCUGAGGAUGUGUCACCCACCAGCCCUUCCUCUGAGCAGGACAUCAGCUCUCCAUCGUCCCUGGUGUCUUUACCUGCCAUGCCCUCAACUUCAGCAGUGCCCCCCACCCUGCCAACCACUAGCCCUUCUCCACCUGGUCAUGUCACCUCACCUGUCACCCCUGACCUGCUGUUGACCCCCAGCAAUUGGGACGCUAGCUCGGAAGGUGUAACGAGUUCACCCUCAGGUCCGACGAGCUUCUCAGUGGAGAUACAGGUCACAUCCGAAGACUCUACCGCUACUAAGGACAUUUACUUUCCUGAAAACACAGCGGUGACCCACAUGGGGACCCUCAGUUCUGCUCGGGAAGCCCCCUCCUUGGCCCCAGCUGGCUCAGAGCCAGCCACAGGCACGUCUUCAAUCAAGACCUCUUCCCUCAUGGGGGAAGCCACCGCUUCGUCACCAAUGUCUGGCAUCUCUGGGAUCACAGAGACUGAGGCACCCUUAAUGUCAGCCGUGGCCCCGAAACCAUGGGAAACCAGCAUGUCCUGGCACACCAGCUCAGCCACAGAGGAAAGCACUGUCCCUUCUGAGUUGUCCACUGGUACUAGUGCUGAGGCCACCAGGACAGCCGUCAUCUCCCCCAGUGGGACAUCCAUCCCUGGCCAUGGUCGGCCCACGAUGUCAACGUCCCCACAUGUCCCCACUGGAAUCAACAGCAGGCUCUCUACCUCACUCGUCAUGGCAGAAUCUGCACUCAUAGCCACGGCCACCACAGCGGCUCCCCCAGGGGCUACAUCCCAGGGCACACUAGCCAGGGACACAUCCGCUACAGACUCCUGGGCAGAGACCCAGUUGACUCGAGGUUCUCCACGCUCAGAGAUGAGCACCAGCAUGGACAGAGGUUCUGAGGGGGUGUCACACGCCAGCCCUUCCUCUGAGCAGGACAUCCGCUCUCCAUCGUCCCCGGUGCCUUUAGGUGUCAUGUCCUCGAUUUCUGCAGUGUCCCCCACACUGCCAGCCACUAGCCCUUCUCCACUUGGUCAUGUCACCUCACCUCUCACCCCUGGCCUGCUGACAACCCCCGACAGGUGGGACAUGAGCUUGGAAAGUGUGACCAGUUCACCCUCAGGUCUAAGCAGCACGUCAGUGGAGAUCCGGGCCUCAUAUGAAGCCUCUACCACCACAGAGGCCAUUCACCCUCCUGAAAACACAGCGGUGACCCACGUGUGGACCCUCAGUUCUGCACGGGAACCUCACUCCUUGGCCCCAGCUGGCUCAGAGACAGCCCCAGGCACGUCUCCCAUGGAGACCGCCUCCCUCCAUGGGGACGCCACGGCUUCCUCACCAACGCCUGGCCUCUCUGGGACCAUGGAGCCUGCAGCAUUGUCAGUGUCAUCCCUGGCCCUGGAAUCCUGGGAAACCAGCAUGUACCCCUUCACCAGCUCAGCUCCAGAGGAAGCCACUGUCCCUCCCAAGGAGUCCACUGGGACUAGUGCUGCAGUCUCCAGGACAGCUGUCAUUUCCUCUAUGGGAACAUCUGUCCCUGUCCCGAUUCAGCCCACAAUUUCAAAAGACUUUACAACGAGAAUCCACACCAGGCUCUCUACCUCCCCCGUCGUGGCAGAAUCUGCACCUGUAACCUUGGCCACUGAAACUCUUCCCCCGGGAGCUACAUCCCAGGACACCUUUCCUUGGAACACAUUCGCCACGGUCUUGGGGGCUCAUAUGCAGUCGGCUGUGACUCAGGAUUCUACAGAAUCAGAGCUGAGCACUAUCGUGGACAGAGGUUCUGAGGAUGUGUCACGCGCCAGCCCUUCCUCUGAGCAGGACAUCCGCUCUCCAUCGUCCCCGGUGCCUUUAGGUGUCAUGUCCUCGAUUUCUGCACUGUCCCCCACCCUGCCAGCCAGUAGUCCUUCUCUUCCUGCUCCUGUCACCUCACCUCUCACCCCUGACAUGCCGAGGACCCCUAGCACGUGGGGCACGAGCUCCGAAAGUGUGACCAGUUCAGCCUCAGGUCUGAGUCAGAGCUCAGUGGAGAUCCGGGCCACGUCUGAAGCCUCCACCACUGCAAAGUCCAUUCACACUCCUGAAAACACAGCAGUGACCCAAGUGGGGACCCUCAGUUCCUCACGAGAACCCCACUCCUCGGCCCCAGCUAGCUCAGAGACAGCCGCAGAAACGUCUCCCAUUGAGACCUCCUCCAUCAGUGGGGACACCACGGCUUCCACACUAAUGCCUGGGUUCUCUGGAACCACAGAAACGGAGACACAGUCAAAGUCCUCCCUGGUCCCGGAACCACAGGAAACCAUCAUGUCCCCGCACACCAGCUCAGCCCCAGAGGAAACCACUGUCCUUUCUGAGGUGUCCACUGAGAAGCCAGGCAUUAGUGUGGAAGCCAUGGUGUCCCCACUGAGGGAGGAGGUCUCGAUGGGAGAUGUGCCCGGGGCUGUCUCUGAGCCAGCUGGGGCUGAGGAGUGGGCUUUUGGUGAGGAACUGAGGGUCCCCACUGCUGCGGCUGAUGUGACCCAGGCUGGCGUGCCCUGGGCUGUAGCCCCCGGGGGAGCAGGUUCAGUGGCCAUGGUUAUAGAUGCAGAUUCUGCCAUGACAUGGGAGGUAGAGAGCCUGGUGCUGAUUUCUGUGGGGAAGUCUGGUGACAUCGUGAGCCGAACAGGGCCAGGGGUGGAUGUCCUGCUGGGGAACGUGACGUCUGUACUGGAAGCCUCAGCACUAGUCCCACUGGAGACCUCGGAAGGGAUGCUGAUGUCCUUUGGGGCUGAGCUCGUGUGGGGGGAGGUGCCAGGUUCCCAUGGUUCUGGGGUCAUUGACAACUCUGAAUGUGUCUUAGUCUCUGUGGUCCCAGAGAGGCCAGUCAUUGGCGUGGAAGCCGUGGUGUCCCCAUCACCUGAGGCUGAACUGGUCACACUUUCUGAGCUCGUGCCCCACGUGCUGGGGGUCCUCGGCAUGUCAGUGCUGAGAGCUGAGAUGACAGAGGCAGAAGAAGAAGGACUACUGGCUGGCAGUGUGGGGGCCGCUGCAGAGGACGAGGUCAUGGCAGUGUCCCCCAUGCUGCCAGCCAGUAGCCCUUCUCCUGCUCCUGUCACCUCACCUCUCACCUCUGGCCUGAUGAGGACCCCCAGCACGUGGGGCACGAGCUCAGAAGCUUUGACCAGUCCAUCCCCAGUUCUGACUAGCACAUUACUAGAGUUCCAGACCAUGUCUGAGGCCUCUGCCACUACAGAGGCCAUUCACCUUGUCCAAAGCACAGUGGAGACCCACGCGGGGACCCUCAGUUCCUCACCGGAAGCGCACUCCUCAGCCCCAGCUGGCUCAGAGACAGCCCCAGGCACAACUCCCAUUGAGACCUCCUCCCUCGGUGGGGACACCAUGGCUUCCACACCAAUGCCUGGCCUCUCUGGAACCACAGAAACGGAGACACAGUCAAAGUCCUCCCUGGUCCCGGAACCACAGGAAACCAUCAUGUCCCUGCACACCAGCUCAGCCCCAGAGGAAACCACUGUCCUUUCUGAGGUGUCCACUGGUACCAGUGCUGAGGCCUCCAGGACAGACAUCAUGUUCCCCAGCAGGACGUCCACCCCUGGCCCUGUUCUGCCCACGAUGUCACCAGACAUCUCCACGGGAAUCAACGCUGGGCUCUCUACCUCUUCCCCUAGUGUUGAUACUGGAAAAGUCACCAUCAUCACCGAAAAAGGGACUGAUGGCAUUGUGGAGCACAUCACAAUGAUACCCAAUGAAGCAGCCCAUGGAGGUGCCACAGGACCAGUCCAUGUACAUGUGGCACCCACAUCAUCUGCUAGUCCUAGAGAGAUGACAGCCUCGUUGGCCACCAUACCUGGAGCAGAGACCAGUACAGAGGUUCCCAGGACAACCCCAUCUGUGUUCAGUAGAGGCUCAGAGACUACACCCUCACUGGUUUCUAGUUCUGAGACAGAGAACAGUCCAGCUGUUCCAACUCUGACCAUUUCCCUUGGUGAGCCUGGGACCGCCACCUCACGGGUCACUCAUUCUGCAGAGACCAGCUCAAUUGGUUCCAGGGCCACCGUGAGUGUUUCCCACAGUGCAUCAGACAGCACGCCCCCAACAGCUACUGGUCCUAGCGAAGAAGUCAGUUUAGCAGUUCCAACUCUGACCGUCUUUCCUGGCAUACCAGAAGUGGUGACCUCCCUGGAAACUAGUCCUGGGGCAGAGAUGAGUACAGCAAUUUCAACUCUGACUGAUUCCCAAGAUGAGCCAGAGACCACCACCUCAUGGGUCAUCCAACCUGGGGCACAGAGCAGUUCAUCUCUUCCAAUUCCAAGUGUGUUCCCGGGUGAGCCAGGGCUGGUGACCUCACUGGAUACCAAUUCCGGAGCAGAGACCAGCCCAGCUGAUCAAGCUCUGACUCUUUCCCCUGGUGAGCCAGAUGCAACAGCCUCAUUGGUUACCCAUCCCAAGGCACAGACCAGUUCAGCCAUUCCAACUCCAACCAUCUCCCCUGGUGUAUCAGGGGUGGGAAGCUCAGCACUUACCAGUUCUAGGGCAGAGACCAAUACAGCAUUUACAACUCUGACUGAUUCCCCAUAUGAGCCAGAGACAGCAGCCUCGCAGGUCACCUCUCUUGGGACAGAAGCCAUUUCCACUGUUGCAACUUCAACUGUUUCCCCUGGUGAGCCAGAUACAACAGCCUCAUGGGUUCAUUCCAUAGAGAAUAGCACAUCUGUUUCCAGAAGAACUCCAAAUUUUUCCCAAAGUGAAUUAGACACCAUACUCUCAAUGGCCACCACUCCUGGAGUAGAAGCCAGUUCAUUCACUCCAACAAUGACUGUCUCAUCCAGUGCACCAGCUACAGUGACCUCACUGGCCACUAGUUCUGGGACAGACACCAGUACAACCUUUUCAACUCUGAUUGAAUCCCUGCAUGAAUCAGACACAACAGUCUCCUCAGUCACCCAUCCUUCAGGGCCCAGCCCAAUGGUUCCCAGUGUUUCCCAUAGUGAAUCAUACAGCAUACCCUCAACAGCCACCAGCUUUGAGACUGAAGCCAGCUCAGCUGUUCCAACUACACCUGUCUCCCCUGAUGUACCAGAUAUGGUGACCUCACAGGCCACGAUUACCAGUUCUGGGGUCGAGACCAAUACAACGUUUUCAACUCUGGCUGAUUCUCUGCACAAACUGGAGACCACAGCCUCAUGGGUCACCCAUUCUGAGAAGGAAGCCAGUUCGGCUGCUCCAACUCUGCCUACUUCUUCCCCUGAGGAGCCAGAUACAGCAGCCUCACUGGUCACCCAUCCUGCAGAGACCAGCUCAACUGUUCCCAAGUCAACACCCAGUUUUUCUCAUGGUGAAUCAGAUACCACACAUUCAAUAGCUCCCAGUUCUGGGGCACAGACAAGUUUGUCCAUUCCAACUCCGACUGUCUCCACUGCUAUACCAGGGGUAGAAAUCUCACUGGCCACAAGUUCUGGGCCAGAGACGAGUACAACUUUUACAGCUUUGACUGUUUCUCCAGGUCAACUGGAGACCACAAGUUCAUGGGUCACCCACUCUGAGACAGAAGCCAGUUCAGCUGUUCCAACUCUUCCUGCUUCCCCUGGGAAGCCAGAUACAGUAGUUUUGUUGGUCACCCAUCCUCCAGAGACCAGCCCAACAGUCUCCAGGAUGACCCCCAAUGUUUCCCAUGGUGAACUGUAUACCACACACUCUAUGGCCACCAGCCCCGGGGCAGAAGCCAGUUCAGUUGUUCCAACUCCAACAGUCUCCGCUGGUGUACCAGAGAUGGUGACCUCAGAGGCCACUGGUUCUGAGAAAGAUGCCAGUAUGGUUAUUCCAACUCUGACUAUUUCUCCUGGUGAGGCAGUGACCACAGCCUCAACAAUCAUGUAUUCUGAGGGCCAGACCAGCUCAGCUCCAGCUGCCUCCUCGACUGUGCCAGAGCUGGUGACCUCACUGGUCACCAGUUCUGGGGUAGAAGCCAGUACAACGUUUACAAUUCUGACUGAUUCCUCACAAAAGGCAGAGACAACAGCCUCAUGCGUCACCCAUUCAGGGGCGGAAACCAGUUCGGCUGUUCCAACUCUGACUGUUUCUCCUAAGGAGACAGGUAUAGCAGUCUCACUAGUCACUCGUUCUGAAGAGACCAGCCCGACCGUCCUCAGAACAACUCCAGCUUUUUCCCAAGGGGAACCAGACACCACACGCUCCACAGCCACCAGCCGUGGAGCAGAAACCAGUUCAGUGGCUCCAACUCCAACUGUCUCUCUCAGUGUACCAGAGAUGGGGACCUCCCACAUUCCUGCUUCUGAGACAGAUGCCAAUAUGACUGUUCCAAGUCUGACUCUUUCUCCUGGUGAACCAGCAACCACAGCCUUCGUGGUCACCCACCCCAGUCCAAAGACAAGUACACAUUUUCCUGGUUCAAUUCAGACUGUUUCCCUCGGUCCACCAGAAACCACACCCUUCACCACACCCCCGACCGAGACCAGCAGAGUUGAUCUGGGUCCAGAGGUCUCACCUGGUGUUCCUGUAGAAACAACCUCACUCUCCACCCAUCUUGCCACAGACAUCAACACAACUAUUUCAGUGUCAGCUCUUUCCCAUGUGUUAUUGGAGACCACAGACUUGUCGGCCACCAGCCCUACAUCAGAGGCCAGCACAGGUGGCCCAACUUUGACUGCUGGUGUUCUUGGGGCCGUCAGUACCCCUGCAACCACUGGGGAGCCUCACACCUUAACUUCCUGGAGCACAGAACCCUCCCCACCUAUGACCUCACAUGGACUCCUGGAAUUGCCCAAGACUGUCACAGGGCACACUGUGACCUUGAUAGCAUCAGAGACCCCAACACCACCUAAAACCAGCCACACAGAAGGAUUGAGUCCAACCGCUAUCCUGAAAACCACAACUCUUGAGGUGACUAAUUUAGCUGUGACAGGUUCAGGCCCCGUCAUGACAGAGACCACAACCACCUUCAGUACACCUGUGGGAAGUCCCUUUGUCCCCGAGACCUCACCUGGGAUGUCCACCUUGACCUCUCUGAGUGUGACUCCAGAAACAACCGCAGCCCCUUUCUCCAUGCCUUUCACUGUCAACUUCACCAUCACCAACCUGCGCUACACAGAGGACAUGGGGAACUCGGGCUCUGAGGUCUUCAGUGCCACCGAGAGAGACCUGCAACACCUGCUCAGGACUCUGUUCAAAAACAGCAGUGUUGGUUCCCUCUACACUGGCUGCACGCUGACCUUGCUCAGGGCUGAGGAGGAUGGAACGAGCACCAGAAUGGACGCGGUCUGUACCUACCGCCCGGAUCCCGGCUUCAGGCUGGAAACACAGCGGCUGUACCGGGAGCUGAGCCGGCAGACCCACGGGGCCACUCGGCUGGGCGACUACUCCCUGGACAGGAACAGUCUCUGGGUCAAUGGUUAUAAUCAUCAGUACUGGAGCCCUGCCACCAGCACUCCGGUGACCUCCACAUUUUCUCCAGAGCCCUCAGCAUCUCUGCCUCCUGCCCCCAGCUCUACAGCUGCAGGUGUGGGUCCAGCCCUGGUGCCGUUCACCCUCAACUUUACCAUCACCAAUCUGCUCUGCACCCCAGACAUGAGGCACCCCGGCUCCAUGAAGUUCAACUCCACUGAGAGGGCCCUGAACCGCCUGCUUGGUCCCUUGUUCAAGAACACCAGUAUCGGCCCUCUGUACUCUGGCUGUAGACUGUCCUUACUCAGGACUGAGAAGGAAGGGGCGGCAACAGGCGUGGAUGCCGUCUGCACCUAUCACCCUGGCCCCGCGGGCUCCGGGCUGAACAGGGAAGAAUUGUACCAGGAGCUAAGUCAGCUGACCCAUGGUGUCACCCGGCUGGGCACUUACACCCUGGACAGAGCCAGUCUCUAUGUCAACGGUUAUAAUCCCCGGUACUGGAGCCCUACCACCAGCACUCCAGUGACUUCUACAUUCUUUCCAGAAUCUUCCACAUCUCUGCCCCCCAUCCUCAGCUCUACAGGUGUGAGCCCAUCUCUGGUGCCCUUCACUCUCAGCUUCACCGUCACUAACCUGCCCUACACAGAGGACAUGGGGCCCCCAGGAUCUGAGCUAUUCAACAGUGUAGAGAGGAUCUUGAAUCGUCUGCUCAAACCCUUGGUCCAGAACAGCAGUAUCGGGCCCCUCUAUUAUGGCUGCAGACUGACCUUGCUCAGGCCUGAGAAAGAGGGAAGAGCCACUGGAGUUGAUGCUGUCUGUUUUCACCAUUCUGACCCCAUGGGCCCUAAGCUCGACAGAGAGACACUGUACUGGGAGCUGAGCGAUCAGACCCACGGUGUCACCCAGCUGGGCCCCUUCACCCUGGACACGAACAGCCUCUAUGUCAAUGGUUACACCCACUGGACCCCAACCCUCAUACCCAGUGCUUCCGUGACCCCCGUGCUCUUCCCAGGGACCUCGGCGGUGCCAGCCCACUUCUCCAGCUCCACAGCGGCCGUCCCUUUCCUGGUGCCGUUCACCCUCAACUUCACCAUCACCAACCUGCGCUACGAAGAGGACAUGCAGCGCCCGGGUUCCCGGAAGUUCAACUCCACCGAGGGGAUCCUGCAGGGUCUGCUCGAACCCCUCUUCAAGAAUACCAGUCUGGGAUUCCUCUAUUCGGGCUGCAGACUAGCCUCGCUCAGGCCUGUGCAGGACGGGGCAGCCACCGGAGUGGAUGCCAUCUGCGUGCAUCGCCCCGACCCUAAAGGCCCUGGACUGGACAGAGAGAGGCUGUACUGGGAGCUGAGCCAGCUGACCCGUGGCGUUGCCUUGCUGGGCCACUACACCCUGGACAGGAACAGUCUCUGUGUCAAUGGCUUCACCCACCAGAGCUCUGCGUCCACCACCAGCACUUUAGGGACCUCCACAGUGGACCUGGGAGCUUCUGCAACUCCGUCCGCCUUCCCCAGCCCCACAGCUGCCGGCCCUGCCCCAGUGCCCUUUACCCUCAACUUCACCAUCAUCAACCUGCCCUACACAAAGGACAUGCGGCCGAGCUCUGCGAAGUUCAACUCCACAGAGUCCAUUCUACAGCGCCUGCUCAAGCCCUUGUUUGCCAACAGCAGUGCUGGCUCGCUCUACAUUGGCUGCAGAGUGACCACGCUAAGGCCCGAAAACGGUGGAGCAGCCACUGGAGUUGACGCUGUCUGCACCUACCGACCUGACCCUCCGGGUCUCCGGCUGGACAGGGAGCGGCUCUACUGGGAACUGAGCCACCAGACCCACGGUGUCACCCAGCUUGGUUCCUACAUCCUGGACAGCGACCGUCUCUAUGUCAAUGGUUACACCAGACCACCGCCGACCUCCAUCCCCAGCGUACCUGUGAUUUCCACACCCUCGGGAACUUCAGCAGCUCCAGUCUCCUUCUCCAGCUCGACAGUCUCCGGCCCUGAUCUGGUUCCGUUCACCCUUAACUUCACCAUCACCAACCUGCGCUACACAGAGGACAUGCGGUUUAUGGGUUCAGCCAAGUUCAACAAAACAGAGAAGGUCUUGCUGAGCCUGCUCAGACCCUUAUUCAAGAACACCAGUGUCGGCCCUCUCUACUCUGGCUGCAGACUGACCUCGCUCAGGCCCGAGAAGGCUGGAGCAGCCACCAGCGUCAAUGCCAUCUGCUCCUACCGCCCCGACCCUGCGGGCCACGGGCUGGACAGAGAGAAGCUGUACUGGGAGCUGAGCCGGCUGACCCGUGGCGUCACCAGGCUGGGCCACUACACCCUGGAGCAGGACAGUCUCUGUGUCAGUGGCUACACCCACCAGACUCCAGUAACCGCCCCCAGUGCCACGGCGCAACCCCUUGUGCCUUUCACCCUCAACUUCACCGUCACCAACCUACGCUACACCGAGGACAUGCAGCCUCCUGGAUCCUCCAAGUUUAACAGCACCGAGGAGUCGCUGCAGCGCCUGCUCGGACCCUUGUUCAAGAACACGAGUGUGGGCCCCCUGUACGCAGGCUGCAGACUGACUUUGCUCAGGCCCGAGAAGGGUGAGGCGGCCACCGGAGUGGAUGCCAUCUGCACCCUCCACCCUGGCCCCACGGGCCCUGGGCUGGACAGAGAGCGGCUGUACCAGGAGCUGAGCCAGCUGAGCCGUGGUGUCACCAGGCUGGGUCCCUACACCCUGGACCCCGACAGUCUCUACGUCAACGGUUUCACCCGCAAGACCCGGACCACCACCCCCAGCAGUUACACUCCUCCGGCUUCAGCCACCACCCCCAGCACCACUGGCCCCGCUCUGGAGUCCUUCACCCUGAACUUCACCAUCACCAACCUGCCCUACACCGAGGACAUGGGGCGCCCCACUUCCUUGAACUUCAGUUCCACUGAGAGGAUCCUCCAGCACCGGCUCAAGCUUCUGCUCAGUAAGACCAGCGUCGGCCCCCUCUACGCUGGCUGCAGACUCGCCUCACUCAGGCUUGAGAAGGGCGGAGCAGCCACUGGAGUGGACCUCGUCUGCACCGCCCACUCUGACCCCGUGGGCCCCGGGCUGGACAGAGAGCGGCUGUACUGGGAGCUGAGCCGUGAGACCCAGGGCAUCACCCAGCUGGGGUCCUUCACCCUGGACAGGGACAGCCUCUAUGUCAACGGUUACACCUACAGAGCCACAGCCCCACCUACCACUGCUGCAGAGGCCCGUGAGGAGCCGUUCACACUGAACUUCACCAUCGACAACCUGCGCUACUCAGCGGACAUGGGCCACCCCGGCUCCCUCAAGUUCAACAUCACAGACAGCCUCAUGCAGCACCUGGUGAGAGACCUACUUCCCUCCAGGCCUCCAGGACCCCUCCUAGGGGCUGUCACCACCUCUGACCACACUGGCUCUCUCCUUCCUCUCCAGCUCGGCCCGUUGUUCCAGAGGAGCAGCCUGGGUGCCCGAUAUGCAGGCUGCAAGGUCACCUCCCUAAGGUCCGUGAAGAAUGGCGCCAAGACAAGGGUGGACAUCCUCUGUACCUACCGGCAGCGCCCCAGCGGUCCAGGUCUACUUGCCAAACAGGUGUUCCAUGAACUGAGCAGGCAGACCCGCGGCAUCACCCGGCUGGGCCCCUAUUCUCUGGACAAGGACAGCCUCUACCUCAACGGUUACAACGAACGUGGUCCAGAUGAGCCUCCCACAACUCCUGAGGCAACCACCACAGUCCUGCCUAGUUCAGCAUCACCUGUGCAACCAGAAGCCACCACAGCUGUGGGACACAACCUGAAGACCUUCACCCUCAACUUCACCAUCUCCAACCUCCAGUAUUCAACAGACAUGACCAACAGCUCAGCCAUGUUCAACUCCACCCAUAGGACCCUGCAGCGCCUGCUUGGAUCCUUGUUCCAGAAGAGCAGCCUGGGCCCCUUCUAUUCGGGCUGCAGACUAAUCUCCCUCAGGCCUGAGAAGGAUGGGGUAGCCACUCAUGUUGACACCAUCUGCACCUACCACCAUGACCCCAUGGGCCACGGGCUGGACAAGGAGCAGCUUUCCUGGGAGCUACACCAGCUGACCCAUGGUGUCACGCAGAUGGGCAUCUAUACGCUGGUCAGGGACAGCCUCUUCAUCGAUGGCUAUGCGCCCCAGAAUUUAUCUGUCCAGAAUGAGUAUCAGCUAGAUUUCCGCAUCAUCAACUGGAACCUCAGCAACUCAGACCCCGCGUCCUUGGAGUACGCAGCCCUGCUGGGGGACAUCCGGGACAAGGUCACCAAACUCUACAGAGGCAGCCAGCUCCAGGACAUAUUCCGCUCCUGCCUGGUCACCGACUUGACGUUGGACUCCAUGUUGGUCACCAUCAAGGCUCUGUUCUCUUCCAAUGUGGACCCCAGUGUGGUCAAGCAAGUCUUCCUAGACAAGACGCUGAAUGCCUCAUCCCACUGGCUAGGUGCCACCUAUCAGCUGGCGGAUUUGCAUGUGACAGAAGUGGAGUCAUCAGUUCAUCUACCAACAGACAAACCCACAAGCAGUCCCGGCUCUCAGCACUUCCGGCUCAAUUUCACUGUCACCAACCUACUCUAUUCCCAGGACUUAGCCCAGCCCGGCACCACCACGCACCAGCGGAACAAGAGAAGCAUUGAGAAUGCGCUCAACCAGCUCUUCCGAAACAGCAGCAUCAAGAGUUAUUUCUCUGACUGUCAAGUUUUAGCCUUCAGGUCUGUCCCCGACAGCAGCCACACUGGGGUGGACUCCCUGUGUGACUUUUCGCCACUGGCUCGGAGACUGGACAGAAUUGCCAUCUAUGAGGAGUUCUUGAGGCUGACCCUAAACGGUACCCAGCUGCAGAAUUUUACCCUGGACAGAAACAGUGUCCUUGUGGAUGGAUAUUCUCCCAGCAGAAAUGAUGUCUUGACUGAGAAUUCGGACCUCCCCUUCUGGGCCAUCAUCCUCAUUUGCUUGGCAGGACUCCUGGUCCUCAUCACAUGCCUGGUCUGCUGCUUCCUGGUCACCCUCCGCCGGCGGAAGAAGGAGGGAGACUACGAGGUGCAGCAGCACCGCCUGGGCUACUACUUGCCACACCUGGACCUGAAGUGGCAGUGACAGCUUCGCCUGAGGCUCCAAGGGAGCCUGGCUGGAGUGGAAAUAAACCACAUUGGUCGGACGCAGCCUCGGAGCCCUUCUUGACUUGGCCUCUGCCUGGUUCCCAGGGACCAAGAUGAAAGGUUUCCCCUUCCACUAAGUCCUUGAAGGGCAACUGCAAUUCUGUCUUCUGGUCCAGGGGCACCAGAACUGGCAAAAGAGGCACAGACACUGUCAUUGUGUCAAAUCGACAUCAGUGUGAGGUUUCUCUUCCCAGCAACCUGGGAGCGUGGGGACUGGGAGCACGCCUCCAGUGCCUCUGCGCCGGCCAUCACGACGGCUCUGUUCCUCCACCUUGCCCCGCCCCAGAAGUUCCCCUUAUACGCCCCGUUCCCGGAAGCUCGGGUGCACCAGGACUUCCAGACCCGUCUGCCCCCGGGACUCCUCUCCUCUCAGGGAUCCCCCAAGAUGGGAAAUGGUCCAAGAAGGAAAUGAGCAAGUCAGAAAGGACUCCACAGUCAACGUUGGGAGUGGGAUUCCUAGGUAUCCAGAAAGCCUCGGUCCCAGAGUACUAUCAAGACUGGAGAGAGAUGCAGGGUCUGCUUUGGACUUACAGACAAAUAAAGCUCAUUAGGAAAAACACAA